UGAGAAUGUAUGCAACUUAAAAGGACCAUCAACAACUUUGUGGCCAUAAAACAGAGAAAGAAAAUCCAUUAUUUGCCAUGGCUUCAUUCAAUCUUUGCAGCCUUGAAAAAUCCACCUUUCUGGGCAGAACCAAUCUUUUGAAUCAUGCCAACAAACCAUUCUUCAGCGCUCAAAGAUUAAGAUCAAACAAAUCUUUAAACACCACAGCCAAGCUCAGCAUUUCUGAAAUCUUUGGAGGCAGAGGUCUGUGCAAUGGUGAAGAAGGUCUCCAACAAGAACUCAAAAAAACAAUCUCACAGGAAACUUCACCAUCAAACUUGAAAUAUGAAGAAGAGUCAAGAAUCGCAGACAUCCCGGAAGACGGAUUUGACAAGGAGUUACUUGGCCUUACUGGUGGAUUUCCAGGUGGUGAAAAGGGGUUGCAAGAAUUUAUUGCAAAGAAUCCACCACCUAAAAAACCAUCUCCUUCUCAGAAGCUAGUUGAGUCCAAUCAGAAGAGCUUGACUAAGAAGUCGAAGCCGCCUGUUCUGCCAUUGUUGAUGCCUGGUAUGAUUGCUAUUGUCAAGAAUCCGAACAAUCCUUACUAUAUGUACUGUGGUAUCGUGCAAAGAAUCACUGAUGGAAUGGCCGGGGUGCUUUUUGAAGGGGGGAACUGGGAUAGAUUGAUUACGUUUAAGCUGGAUGAGCUUGAACGUCGCGAGAAAGGGCCUCCUAUGGUUAGUUGUAGGUCUGUUAUACUUGAAACAAUGGUAGAACAGGAUGCCAAGUAAAUUUUACUUCGUUUCUAAGUUCAUGCUUGUGAAUAUAUCUCUGCAUUGCAUAAGCCCGAGUGUUUAUUUAUUGAA